ACCCUGUAAGUUUUCUAAAUACUUUUGUCCAACUUACAAUUCAAUACCGAGUUAUCAAUCUCCGCAUACCAUAACAAGUAACGUGACACCUUGAUUGUUAUGACUACACAAGCCGAGAUAGUUUCAAGGCGAACAAAAAAGGAAGACAACGACGAUAAGAUGGACUUAAAUAUAUUAUUAAAGUUUAUUAAACCUUUCGAUGGGUCUAGAGAAAAACUAAUCCCAUUUCUCAACAAUUGCGAAAACGCUUAUGAUUUAGCAAGUGAUUCAAAACGGCCCGUAUUAUUAAAAUAUAUUUUAAGUCAGUUGGAGGGUAAAGCCGAAAGUGCAUGUGCCAUUAAAGAAUUCGAGUCAUGGGAACAAUUAUCGGAAUUUUUAAAUACACAAUUCGGAGAAAAAAAACAUUAUUCGGCCUUAUUAUCCGACUUACAAAAUUGUAAUCAAAAUAAUGAUUCGGUUAAUGAGUUCGCUUUACGUGUAGAAUCAUGUUUAUCUAGACUAUUGACAGAAGUAAAUCUGUCCCAAAAAAAAAAGAAAAGCGAACUUGCUGGCCGAAUCGCAGCAAUGCAGGAUCUAGCUCUGCAUCAUUUUGUUAUUGGUUUAAAACCACAAUUAUCUACUAUUGUCAGAUGUCGAGACCCGGAAACUUUAAAUGACGCUAUAAAUUUUGCAAUUUCCGAGGAGAAAAUCAUCGAAGCUUCUCGGAAAAGAUACAAUAAUCCUCAAGGGCCACUCAAUAAGAAUAAUUAUACGCGCCCUAACUACCAAUUCCGAGAUCGUUAUCAAAACAAACCAACAUUAACUUAUGAACGGGCUCCUAAUAAUGUAAAUGCAAGCAGUGCACAGUCGUUAUUUUGUCGAUACUGUAAAACUAAAGGGCAUGUAAUUGAAAACUGCCGGAAGCGUGAAUUUAAUAAUAAAAGGUUCCAAAAUACAAAUCAAAAUCCACGCACAUUCCAACCACGAACUAACGAUAGUUCUAACCGCGUAAACUUUGCAGAUCCGAUAUCUUAUGAAGAUACUAAUAAUGAUGAAGUUGUCGAUGAUUUAAACUGAAUCCCGACUCGCGUAAGUGCCGUGCGGGUCAAAGGAUAAAAUACGGCACAACAUCUAACAACAAUGUUAUCAAUUAUAGUGAUCCCAUUUCUUUACCCUCUAAACCAAAAUCCAACUCCUCGACUCCGCUACAUGGUAGUCAAUUUUGUAAAACUUCAAUAUCCUCUCAGGGUAAUCCAAAUCCACAGACUCCGCUACAUGGUAGUCAAUUUUGUAAAACUUCAAUAUCCUCUCAGGGUAAUCCAAAUCCACAGACUCCGCUACAUGGUAGUCAAUUUAUUAACCAACGAGAUGCUAUUGUGACUAAAUCCUCUGUUUCCAGUAUACCUAUAAGCC